GGAAGCACCGAAUACCCACUGAGAUAGCAUUUGUUGCUAGAGGCGAGCAGAGAUGAGACUUGGUAUAUUGGGAACUUGGUUUUGUUUGCUUUCGUUUGGCUGUCUACUGGCUUCGCCAUCUAAUCUUAACAGGUUUUUUGCUGAACCGGGCGAUUUCUCUAAAUACGACUCGACCUUGGAUAAGGAAUUGGAUCGAGCAGAAAACAACGGAAGAAUUAAAAAGCACUGGGGCCAGUCAGUAUCUUCAGGGCUGGCAUUGGAAUGUCCGCAUUAUGGUGAAGUUUCAGCUGCAGAUCAUGUUAAAAUCGGACGCGAUUGUUUGGCAUGUGGCCAGAAGUGCUGUUCGCGCAACGCAGAUAAGAGAUUGUAUUAUGGACGGGACAGCUAUACCAACGAGUUUCCUUGGUUUGUGGCUGUUUUUGUGGACGGUAGAUUCGAGUGUGGUGGAGUGAUGGUUUCACCGAAUUCUGCUGUAACUGCAGCGCACUGUGUACACAAAUUUUGUCCACGAUCUAAUUUGAGAUAUUCACGUCGUAUCACGGUUAAAGUUGGAUCUUUGAAUUUGAACUUGGACGAACGAAUUGGGCCAGGCAGUUCGCAUCAUAUCGUAGAACAAGUUAUUUGCAACCAUUAUUAUAGAUCGGGUUCAAACUACAGAAAUGACGCCGCUAUACUGAGAUUAGAAGACCACCAACGUUUUCCUUUCGUAUGUUUGAACAACUUUACAUCAGAACACCCAAUUACUCGAAAUUGCCUUGCAGUUGGUCAUGGCUUUACUCACAAAUCGAAUAAUAUUACAAGCAUACAACAAGUGGCUCGUAUUAGUCUACUGGGUUAUGAAAGGUGUUUGACCGAGCUUCAAAUGACUGCAGUUCUAAAUAAAUGGGAAAUGUGUGGCCGUGUUAUGAAAGAUGGUGUCUCUCGUCUGGUCGGAUGUUUUUUUGACAGCGGUGGGCCUGUUGUGUGUCCCAAAGAUCCGGACGACAAAUGCUCGCCGUAUGUACUGCAUGGAAUUUUCUCCAGGAAACUCAGAGGUACAUCGUGUGCCCGUUCUGAGCUAAACAUAUUGACUGACGUGUCCCGGGCAUCGUUUACCUCUGUCAUCGAUUGGAUAAAGCAGCACACAGCGUUUGAAAGAAGGUGCCCGUAGUUGCCGUGUUACGUAAUUUAAAUAUCAUCAGUACAUUUUUGCAAAAAGUUAUGUUAAAGUAAUAUUUUGCAGAAUUUGAAUAACGGCAGUACAUUUUUGCGAAAAAUCUGUUAAAAGUAAAAUUUUUGUUGGAUUUAAAAUAUGUAUGGUAGGGUGGGGGAAGAUGGGAUACAUUUUAUUUCUAUUUUCUCGGCCCAUUUGGUAGUAAACAAAAAACAUUUAAAGAAUUAUAAAUUCGUAUCCCUACGGCUCCUAUAGACCGUUGUUAAUUGUUUGAAACACGAUCAGGAUAUUUAGAUAUUAUAUGCUAAAGGUGUCCCGUAUUUCCCACCCUACUGUACAAAAGAACUUCUACAUAAUUGCCAUUUUUUAUUCUGUCAAAAUGGACCUUGCUAUACUGACCUGAUAUUGGAAGAAGAAGGUUGAAUAGUCACACUAAAUCUGGCGUGUCUGUUUAACCGAUCUGUACAUAAAACUUUUUUAUUGAUUUUUGUGAACUGUCCUAUUACGUGAACAAAAAAAUGCCUAAAUAAAAUAAUCACCCACAAAGUAACAUACUUGGCAACUCGUAAGCUGGCACUAGAUGUAUGAAACAGAACGCCCGUGUUAUAACGACU